UAUAUGCAAAAUCUAAAUGAAUUUGAUGUUUGUGAUCAGUUGUAUUAUGCAAUGCUAUUUUUAUUAGUUGAACAAGUUUUAGUUUCUUUUAAUAUAAAUGAGAUAUACUGAAUAAAAUUUAGUAUUUUACAUUUUGAAGUAACAUUAAAUAUAUAAAGAGAAUAUGAUUUAAGACUAAAAAGAUUGCUAAUUUUAAAUUGUAAUCUUCUAAUAAUACAUUAUUUUUCACUAUUUUUAUUUUCCAAAUGUAUUUUAAAUUUUCUUCUCUAUGUUUUUUUCAGAAUAGAUAAUUCUCUUUUUGAUAAAUGCUUCCUUUCACCAUAUUUAUCCUUUCACCUUUUGUUUUCACUUCUAAAGUACGAUAAUUUCUCAAUAUAUAUACUGAUAAUAACGACAUCAUCCAGUCAGCAACAUUCGCUUACACGUGGCGACUCGGCACCAGAUACCAGCAGAGAGAUAAGAGGCAAGCAAACACAAGAUAGCGUGAGACCCAAGCAUCAUCAUCUUCAUCAUCAUCAUCUCAUUCAUUCCCCGAUUCAGAUCCAAUCAUCACCACAACAAUGGCGGCAGAUCCCAACCCCAACAAGUUCCCCGUCCUCUCCUACGUCCUGUCUCGUCUCCCUUCCUUCACCGCCACCAAAUCAUCUUCCCCUUCCUCCUCCUCCUCCUCCGCUCCCGCCUUCGAUGUCGAGCAGCCGAUCGAGAUCGUCACCCAGAUGCCUCACCUGGCGCACCCCUCCGUCCUCGCCUCCAUGACCAAAGCCAUCUCCGACGUGGCCCAGACCCGAUCCAUCCUCCGCACCCUCGGGCCCAGGCCCGAUCACGAGUCCGUGGACAAGGCGCGCGCCAAGCUCUCGGAGAUCGAGGGGAUUCUAUCCGAAUCGCUUAACGACAUCGCGAUCAACGAGGGGAAGGACGAGGAUGAGGAUGAGAAGAAGAGGGAAGAGAUGGGGAAGGAUAAGACUGUGUGCGAGUCGAUUUUGAAAUUGGACGAGGUUCAUGAUUCGUAUGAGAAGCUGUUGAAGGAAGCGGAGGAGAGGCUUGUGAGGAUGUAUGAAUCCGCUGCGGUGGCGGCGGAUGAGGAGGGAGUUGCGGCGGUGGAGGUUAAUGAGGAGGUUGUUGGGAUACUGCAGCAGGCGUUGGAUAAUAGGGUGGAGCGUGUGGAUUUGUCUGGGAGGAAGCUGAGGUUGUUACCUGAAGCGUUUGGGAGGAUCCAAGGGUUGCUUGUUCUUGAUCUCUCCAACAAUCAGCUCCAGGCUAUUCCUGAUUCAAUAGCGGGACUGCAUGAUCUUGUUGAGUUAAAUGUCUCUGGGAAUAUUCUGGAGACAUUACCAGACUCUAUCGGUCUACUCUCCAAGUUGAAAAUUCUGAAUGUCUCUACUAACAAGCUCACCGUCUUGCCUGAUUCCAUCUGCCGUUGUGGGUCGUUGGUUAUCUUGGACGUGAGCUUCAACCGUCUCACCUACUUACCAACCAACAUCGGGUCCGAGCUAGUGAACCUAGAGAAGCUCAUGAUCCAAUACAACAAGAUCCGAUCCUUCCCGAGCAGUAUAGGCGAAAUGAUAUCCCUAACGUACCUCGACGCCCACUUCAACGAGCUUCAAGGCCUUCCUGAUUCUUUCUGUUUGCUCGCAAACCUCGAGUACUUAAACCUAAGCAGUAACUUCAGUGAUCUCAUUGAGCUCCCUAUUUCAUUCGGGGACCUCAUAAAUCUCCAAGAGCUCGACUUGAGCAACAACCAGAUCCACGCCCUCCCUGACACUUUCGGCUCACUAGAAAGCCUGACGAAACUGAAUGUGAGCCAGAACCCGCUCGUGGUCCCACCGGAGGAAGUGGUGAAGGAAGGUGCAGAAGUGGUGAAGAUGUAUAUGGGAAAGAGAAGGAUAAGUAUGUUUGAAGAAGAGGAGAAGAGGAAAAUGGAGGAGGAGAUGGAGCAGGCAAACGCCGGGUGGCUCACCAGAACCACGUCCAAGCUGAAAACAUAUGUCACAGAUGUUUCAGAGUAUCUGGGAUCGGGUUCUCCUCGAGACUCUUACCUUGAGCAGAAGCUAUGAAUGUGUGGCUUUUGACUUCGAAUAACUCUUUGUUUCCAAAGAGAUGGGGGUGCUGCUCCUUUCAGCUGGUUCUCUCUCUCAUUAGAGUAUAUAAUGAAGGACUCUUUACUUGUUUACCAUUUUGAUUCUUUCUGAUAGGUCAUGCCCUGUCAUUUAACUUUAGGUUCAUACUUUAAAAUCAAACCUUCACGGAAUUUGCUUAUGUUUUGUGGGUUAAUAAAAGCUCAAAGGAGUUUAACUGAGUUCUGUGUUUGAGCUUUCUUUUGAUUGGUUUCCUUAUGUAAAAAAUCAAAGUUAAAAAUGUAAUGACUCUAAUCUAAUAUAUGAGAAACAUGAAGCACUCUACUUA